GUUCAUUCUUUGCCUCCUAGGAAUUUGGCAGCACAAAAUCGAUCACGUCGAGGUGCGACUUCCUAGAGAACCUUAUUGCAAAUGGCUGUACAGGAGCCAUCGAGAACCCUAAAAGCAGCAUUAACAUAGUGAAGAACAUUCCUCUGAGCAGCAAGGGCUCUGGCUUGACCCAUUUGGAUGUUACACAAAUAAUGCCUCAAAAGAUCUCCUUGAAUCUUCGGCCUGGUGACCAGACCUCCUUCAGGGUUCAAGUUCGGCAAGUGGAGGACUAUCCUGUGGACCUGUACUACCUGAUGGACCUCUCUCUGUCCAUGAACGACGACCUAGACAACAUCCGCAACCUGGGGACCAAGCUGGCUGAGGAGAUGCGGAAGCUCACUAGCAAUUUCCGGUUGGGGUUUGGCUCUUUUGUGGACAAAAACAUUUCUCCUUUCUCCUACACAGCACCAAGAUAUCAAGACAACCCCUGCAUUGGUUACAAGCUGUUCCCAAACUGUGUCCCAUCCUUUGGCUUCCGCCAUCUCUUGUCUUUAACGGAUAAAGUUGACCGUUUCAAUGAAGAAGUUCAGAAACAGAAGGUUUCCCGAAACAGAGAUGCUCCAGAAGGUGGUUUUGAUGCCAUUUUACAGGCUGCUGUGUGCAAGGAGAAGAUUGGCUGGCGUAAAGAGGCAUCUCACUUGCUGGUCUUCACGACAGAUGAUGUGCCCCACAUAGCCCUGGACGGGAAGCUGGGUGGGCUGGUCCAGCCCCAUGACGGCCAGUGCCACUUGAACGAAGCAAACGAGUACAGCGCGUCCAGCCAGCUGGAUUAUCCUUCCCUCGCGCUUCUUGGGGAGAAACUAGCGGAAAACAACAUCCACCUUAUUUUUGCUGUUACAAAAAGUCAUUAUGUCCUGUACAAGAAUUUUACAGCAUUAAUUCCUGGAACAACGGUAGAGAUUUUACACAAAGACUCCAAGAACAUCAUCGAGCUGAUAGUCAAGGCCUACAAUAGUAUUCGGUCUAAAGUAGAACUUACUGUUUGGGACAGUCCUGAGGAUGUUGGCCUGACCUUCACUGCCACGUGUCAAGAUGGUUUGUCAUAUCCUGGUCUCAGGAAGUGUGGGGAUCUCAAAAUAGGCGAUACGGUUUCCUUUGAGGUGGCAGUAGAAGCACGAAGCUGUCCCGCUGAGGACACCUCCCACGUGUUCACCAUCAAGCCUGCUGGGUUUCGGGACACGCUGGAGGUCGUGGUGACCUACAACUGCAUUUGUGGGUGCACCAGCAGGGCUGAGCGGGAGAGCAGCAAGUGCAGCGGGAACGGGACCUACUCCUGCGGGCUGUGCGAGUGCGACACGGGCUACCUGGGCGCCAAGUGCGAGUGUGAGGAGGGCGCCCACGGGAACACGUACCACAACAUGUGCCGGGAGGUGGAAGGCAAGCCCAUCUGCAGCGGGAGAGGGGAGUGCAGCUGCAACCAGUGCGUCUGCUACGAGAGCGAGUUCGGAAACAUCUACGGGUCCUUCUGCGAGUGCGAUGACUUCUCGUGUGCCCGCUACAAGGGUGUCCUCUGCUCAGGCCACGGGGAAUGUCACUGCGGCGAGUGCAAGUGCCACGCGGGUUACAUCGGGGACAACUGCAACUGCUCCACCGAGACCGAGCGCUGCCUUUCCAACGACGGCCAGAUGUGCAGCGGCAGAGGCAACUGCGUCUGCGGGAAGUGCCAGUGCACGGAGCCCGGGGCUUUUGGAGAGACCUGUGAGAAAUGUCCCACCUGCCCAGGUGUCUGUAGCACUAAAAGGGACUGCAUUGAAUGCAAGCUGUUUAACUCAGGAAGACUGGCUGAUAACCAAACCUGCCAAAAGCACUGCAAGGACGAGAUCAUCACGCCCGUGGAUGUUCUCAAAACGGAUGACCAGAGCGCGGUGCUGUGCGCCUACCCCGUCAACGACUGUGUCAUGAAGUUCACCUACUCGGAGCUGGCCAGCGGGAAGUCCAACCUCACGGUGCUCAGGGAGCCAG